AUGUCACAGGUUCAAUUUUCCAAAUCAACUCCAGAGGGUCUACCCCCUCCAACUUGGAACAGAUCUGUGCGCCAUCGCUGGCGGGAGCUGCUAAAUUCUGGCUCUCUACCAGUCAAGUGGAAGCGGAAGGGAAGAAGGGACUAUAUGUCUGCUUAUGAAAGCGUGCAGCCGACUAUACCAUUCGUUGUCGCCCAACGGCUCAUUCUGCAACACUGGCUCAUUGUCUUCGACGAGAUCCAACUACUUGAUGUAUCGAGUGCGACCCUUCUGGCGGACGUAUUGUCGUGGUUCUGGCGUAUGGGGGGUGUCAUUGUUGGGACGUCUAACAAGAUCCCUGAUGACCUGUAUAAGAAUGGUGUGCAGACAGACCGAUUGGAGCCCUUUGUGGAAGCCUUGAAAGAAAGAUGUACUGUGAUUUCGAUCCCUUCCGAGCAUGACUGGAGGGCGGUGCACGCGGAUGCCGGAACCAAAAAGAGCUGGUACGUGUACGGAAAAGAAGAUGAAUUCGAGGAAGAAGUAAGAAAGUGUGCCGGUGAAGCAACUCCUCGCUCGAUGGAAUUGUCAGUCUUUGGGCGUAAGCUCUUCGUUCCGUGGUCCUCCGGUGGGGUUUGCAAAUUCGCAUUUGUUGAACUCUGUGACGAGUCUCUUGGAUCCGCGGAUUACAUGACGAUAGCGUCCACUUAUCACACUGUGGCCAUCACUGCCGUCCCUAUCCUCAGGCUUUCCGCCAAGAACCAAGCACGGCGGUUGAUCUCCCUUAUUGACGCUCUUUAUGAAGCCAGAUGUCGAGUCAUCUGUCUCGCGGAGUCGCAACUUGAAAGAUUGUUCUUCCCUGAUGCUCCGUCCGAGGCUGAGCACAGCCAUAAUCAUGACCCAUCCCGCCCGCCCGACGUGGACGUGAUGAUGGCUGAAGCAGUGGCGGAAACGCAGGAGCUCUACCGGCCGAACGUUGCAUCUUAUGACGCACCGAACAUGUCGGAAGCACCAAAGGCGCCUUCCUCGCCCCUUGCACUGGACACCCUAUCCAUCUUCUCAGGCAAGGACGAGCAGUUUGCCUAUAAGCGGGCGCUCUCGCGUUUGCGAGAGAUGACGAGCGAACGUUACGCCGCCGAUGAAUGUUGGGCCCCUCUCCCACCGAGCGCGCGCAAAUGGGAAGGCACUGCCCAGCCCGCCGGGCCCCACAACCAGCCCGGUAUCAAUCCCCACACUCAAAUGCAAUCUCUAACGUGGGCACCGCCGCCCCGUUCUCCGGACCAGCCGAGCGGCCCCUUCGCACACCAAGGGGCGAGGACCCGGGAAAGCGCAUCCGACACCACGGGCCUGCACACCGCAGGUCGCCCGGCAGCGCCGCGCCUGAGCGAGGACCACAUCUGGGGCGUGCGAGACGACUGGGGCGCCCGCUCGAAGGACUGGGGUCGCGGGGCUAGGGCAUACGAGAGGAGGCGAGAUCAUAACGCAGGCCGUCGCGGGCGGGAGUAA